UACUUUAUCGAUAAUUUCGCGGUCACACUGCCGCCGUGAUAAUUCUUUAAGUAAUUUGCAAAACAAUUGGCUACUAAGGGCAACUACACUACAAUACGCAAUCAUGGCCCUUCGCUUGACACAGAGACUGCUGCAGACGCAGACGCCGUUCCUGACACGCGGCUAUCCCAUGCUGGUGACCAAGGAAAAGAGCGAGGAUGUAGCCCACACCAAGUCGUCGCUGCAGAAGAAAGUUACGCGUACAGAUAUCCCGUCGGCGCAGUACGGUGGUCGUCAUGCUGUCACCAUGCUACCUGGCGGUGGAAUCGGCCCGGAGCUAAUGACAUAUGUAAGAGAAAUUUUUAGCUACUGCGGCGCUCCAAUCGAUUUCGAGGUGAUUGAAAUUGAUCCCUCUACCGAGGGUAAUGAUGAUCUGGACUAUGCCAUCACUUCGAUCAAGCGCAACGGUGUGGCACUCAAGGGAAACAUUGAGACCAAGUCGCAGGAGCUGUCCGAGGUUUCGCGCAACGUGGCCAUCCGUAAUGAGCUGGAUCUCUAUGUGAACGUUGUGCACUGCAAGUCGUAUCCUGGUAUUCCGGCGCGCCACCAGGACAUUGACGUUGUUCUGAUCCGUCAGAACACCGAUGGUGAGUAUGCCAUGCUGGAGCACGAGUCGGUGCCCGGCAUUGUUGAGAGCAUGAAGGUGGUCACCGUCGAGAAUGCAGAGCGUGUGGCCCGCUAUGCCUUCGAGUAUGCGCGUCAGAACAACCGCAAGAAGGUCACCACCAUCCACAAGGCCAACAUCAUGAAGCUGUCCGAUGGCCUCUUCCUGGAGUGUGCCAAGCGUGUGCACAAGGACUAUCCCGAGCUGGAGCACGAGAACAUGAUCAUCGACAACACCUGCAUGCAAGCCGUCUCCAAGCCCCACCAGUUCGAUGUGAUGAACAUGACCAACUUGUAUGGCACCAUUGUGUCCAAUGUACUGUGCGGUUUGAUGGGGGGAGCUGGCCUCAUUUCCGGCCGCAACUACGGCGAUCAUUACGCAGUCUUUGAGCCGGGCACCCGCAACACAGGCACUGCCAUUGCUGGCAAGAAUAUUGCCAAUCCCGUGGCCAUGAUUAAUGCCAGCAUUGAUAUGUUGAAUCAUCUAGGCCACAAGGAGCAUGCCAAUGUCAUCUAUGAGGCCACCUACCAGACCAUUGUCAAUGAUGCCAUCCGCACACCAGAUCUGGGCGGUAACCACUCCAGUACCGAUGUUGUUGAGAAUAUACUGAAAAUCUUGAGCGCCAAGCGCGUGAAUUGGCCACAUGGAAACUAUUUCAACCAAUUAUAGGCACUAUCGCACUACCGAAACUCAACCUAAACCCAACCCAAAACAAAAAAACUAAACAAAGCAAAGCAAAAUUAAAUUAACACUGAACUAAGCCAAUUUAAGAGAACUGUUAUAAGAGGCAUCUUUUACCCCUAAGCCAAUGCAUAUUCAGCGUCUAAUGUGAAGCCCCACCCAACCAAACCCCGAAAGAUUCAGUUGAAUUUAUGUUUGAGGUCAAAUUGUCUCCGCUGUUUAACAAAAUCCAAAACAACUAUCUACCCCUAAAUGCUCAAUGUUCAUUCGUGUAUUCCCCCAUUCGAUGUCAAAAGUGUGAUACAUCAGAUUUUCUUUGCCGGAACCGUCACUGUCUCUGAACUAUUCAAGCCACCUCUCUCCCCCUAAUCCUCUCUCUUUUAUUUAAAUCUAUCAUUAUCCUAAAUAAAAAAGUUCGAGCCUUUGCUACACUACCCUCUUCAGAAAUUGUUAGGUAGCCAAGAGUUCCAGGAGUAGUCAACAAGAUAUGUAUAUUGUAAAUUCGAUUUUCCAAACGAACCGAUUGUGUAAUAUUACCUAGAGAAAUUCAAGCAAAAUGUAUUAUUCUGUUCGAAUAUUUAUUAGUAAAAUGUAAAAAGAAGAC